AUGAAUGUUAGUAACGCACGUCAAAAGUCAACGACAGAGGGCAGCGCCACAGGCAGGGCGCAACGGCGCGUCAGACCUUCACGGGCGCGGGGGUUGAGAACUAGGACAGGAUGCCUGACCUGCAGGGAGCGACGUGUGAAAUGUGAUGACGGCAAGCCUACGUGUUUGCGUUGCUCCAAGUCUGACCGAGUUUGUCGGUAUGCUCCAAGCUCGAGGCAGAACUUGCAGCAGAAUUGUGCCCAGGAGGUUGAUCAAUCAACCGUGACGGAAAUUGUGACUGGUGAUGAACUCAACGUAGUGCAAUCAAAUCCAAGGGAGAGCGGGUGUGAGGGGGUGUGCGCUUGGGUAAACGGGGCCGAUCCAAGUUCCGCCCGGAAUUCCUUGUCAAGCCCACAGACACAACGGGCAAACGUGGGAGCACCACCUUACCUUGAGGUAACUUCCUCAGCUCUUGUUGAACAUGGUCGGACUCAACCGAGCGAUCUAAUUGAGGGCCUUCCGGGUGACUGUUCGAACGAGCUCAAUGAGCAGAGCAUGCCAAGUUUUGACUCGGCUCUCUCAAAUUCUCCACUUUCGCUGAGCCAGGCUUCUCUGCUCAACACAUCGCCAUUUGAGUGGUAUGAUCUGUUAGCGCGGGAUGCUAUUCACCACAUUCAAAGACAGAGCGAAACUUCAACCAGUGAUACAAGAUGGAAGUUCCCUGAGAUUGCUCUCUCUCGUCGACAGUCCCCAGCCCCAGAGUGCCCAGAUGCUCAGCCCGGGCAUGUCUGGAAACACCGCGAGCAACACCGGCUCUCUCGAGAAAUUCCAAAUCAGCACACAGAAUCGCGUCUUCCGGAUCAUUGCCAGCUAUCUCGAAUAUGGAACACAGCAAGUCGGAUAGAACUAUCUGCAACCGAUCUGAAGUUUUUCCGAUACUACACCGAAGUUGUUGCGCCAAUCCUUGACUUGUUUGACACAGGUAAGCACUUUAGUAAUGUUGUACCUCAUCUCGCAUUGCAGAACACCGGGCUUUUGAAGUCGAUCCUGGCAGUUGGGGCAAAACAUAUGUCCCUUGCUACUUCGGCCGCACCGGAGGACAAGGCCUCGGGUGGUGAUACCGCCCCCGACGAUAACAGUCCGCUAUCAUACACAGCAGCUGGAUUCUCAUCAGAACCAGAGAUAACCGCAAGACCCAUGGCUACGCAAUAUUAUUACGAAACACUUCAGUAUCUAUCGCAAACAUUGCUUUAUCCCUCUUACGCCGACUCUCAUGAGAUAUUGGCCACAGCCAGCAUGAUAAGCACGUACGAGAUGUUCGACACUGACAGCGCCCCAAACAGUGGGGUCUGGGAACAGCAUCUUAGAGGAUCUUUCUGGAUACAGAGAUCUCAAGACAAUGAUGGCGAGUCCGUUGAUGGGUUGAGGCAGGCUGUGUGGUGGGCUUGGCUCAGACAGGACAUUUGGGCGGCCUUUCAGGCUGGGAGACCCACUAUCACCAUCUGGAGCGCCCGAAAGCCCCUUGAAGCGCUGAACUCGGACGAACUUGCAACAAGAAUUGUCUACAUUUGUGGCAAGUGCGUUAAAUAUGCAUCUGGUGCAACGCUUUCAGACCAGGAUCCUAGGGAGAGAAUCAACAACGGCGAUCGGCUUCUCCACACACUUGACGAGUGGUAUCAUGUGCUCCCAUCUUCGUACCAACCAGUCGCUAUUACAAAGGAUGAAAAGUCUACUGCUAUGUUCCCAUCCAUCUGGAUCCACCCACCAAAUCAUGCGGGUGCAAUGCAGAUGUAUCACUUUGCCAGAGCAAUUGUUUUGCUGAAUCAACCUACCUUGGGAGGACUGAAUGCUUACAUGCAGCGCGAGAAAGAGCUCACCGAAAGCGUGAAAAUGGUCUGUGGUAUCGCCAAUUCCUGCCAAAGUCACGAGCCGGCGAAAGCGUUUGUCAACGUCCAGGCCUUAUUUGGAGUCGGUCAAUUUGUUCGAUCAUCUGAAGUACGUGAUGAGCUUCUCCGUAUUCUGAAUGAAAUGUUGAAGAUCAGCAAAUUCCCCGCUAGAGAAGUUGUUGCUCGACUGAAAAAAGUUUGGCAGGAGUAA